UCUCUCUCUCUCUCUCUCUCUAACACACACACACCACCACCACUGCCAUCGUCCCUUUUAAGCUCCGCCACCCCGUCCUGCUUCAUCUUUCUUCACUGGCAUUGGAGAGCAUAUAUACCUCUGUAAAAAACAAGAUGGGAGAGAUUUCCGGGUUCCAAGUAGGAGUCAUCGGCGCGUUGUUCCUUUCCGUUGCAUCAUCGGUGUCCAUUGUCAUCUGCAACAAGGCCUUGAUGAGCAAUCUUGGUUUUCCAUUUGCCACAACACUUACUAGCUGGCACCUCAUGGUGACAUACUGCAGUCUUCAUGCCGCGUUACGCUUAAAUUUCUUCGACAGCAAGCCGGUCGACAUCAAAACCGUCGUGCUUUUUGGCAUCUUAAACGGUAUAUCCAUUGGAUUGCUGAAUCUCAGCUUGGGAUUUAAUUCCAUCGGCUUCUAUCAGAUGACGAAACUUGCAAUCAUACCCUUCACUGUCUUGCUGGAAACUCUGUUCUUGAAAAAGCAAUUCAGCCGAAAAACGAAGUUCUCUUUGUCGAUCUUGCUGCUUGGAGUUGGCGUUGCGUCUAUAACCGACCUUCAGCUAAACACUGUUGGAUCAAUUCUAUCACUUCUAGCCAUCGUAACAACUUGCGUCGGCCAAAUUCUGACAAAUACAAUACAAAAGAAACUGAACGUAUCGUCAACUCAGCUGCUAUACCAAUCGGCCCCGUUUCAGGCAGCUAUUCUCUUCGUCUCGGGACCUUUCUUGGACCAAUGCCUAACCAAUCAAAACGUCUUCGCCUACAAAUACUCUCCCAUUGUUUUGGGAUUCAUAGUACUUUCGUGCUUGAUAGCUGUGUUUGUGAACUUGAGCACAUUCUUGGUAAUCGGGAAGACUUCGCCGGUUACUUAUCAAGUGUUGGGACAUUUAAAAACAUGUCUUGUUCUUGGAUUUGGAUACACUUUGUUGCACGAUCCUUUUACUACAAGAAACAUCGUUGGGAUACUUAUUGCACUUGUCGGGAUGCUUUUGUAUUCUUACUUCUGCUCCGUCGAGACCAAAAGGAAGCAAGACGGAGAUGUUUCGUCUUUGUCUCAGGUUAGAGAGAAAGAUACUACACUUCUACUUUUGAGCCAUGAGAAUGAAAACUCCAAGAAACCCCUUGUUUAGUUGUUUAAGCUUAAUUGUAAAAAAAAAAUUCUUUUUUUUUUUGUCAUUUUUAAGAUUUUGAUUAUUUAAUAAACCAAGAGUACAGAAAUUAUCAAUAGUUUUGGUAUUUGUUGUUGUUAUUGGUUCUACUUCUGCAUCUAUGUUGCACGGAAACUUCAACUUCUUAAUAUUUUCGUAUUUCGAAC